AUGCCUGAUACCUUUACUUGCAUAACCUGCCAGGUGAUGUUCAAAACGCCUGAAUUACAACGUGAACAUUAUAAACAGGACUGGCACAGGUAUAAUUUGAAAAGGAAGGUUGCUUCAAUAUCGCCUGUGACUUUGGAAGAGUUUGAGCAGCGAGUGAAGGAGCACAGAGAACAGAGUCAGAAUGAAAGCCGCGUUGAAUCGCAGUACUGCAAGUAUUGUUCCAAGUUAUUUAAUACAAAAAAUGCCUUCGACAAUCAUUUGAAUAGUAAGAAGCACAAAUUGUCUGAGGAGCGGUAUGUUGAAAAUAAAGAAGAAGCAGAAAGUGGUCAUUCUGAUACAGAUAGUUUUGUAAAGGUUGAGCCUAGUGCUAAUGUUGCCAAGGAUCCUAGCAAGUUUGUUAUUGUGUCUGCUGACGAUUCCGGAGAAGAGGACAUAGAAACGGAUUCCGAAAUUGAAGAGCUUGACUCGGAUGAGUGGGAGGAGUGUCGUAUUAAAGGCAGCGACUCUCUGAUCAAGCCUCGAGACUGUCUGUUCUGUGGCCAUCACAGUAAGAACAUAGUCAAGAAUCUCAAGCACAUGUCUGAGGCCCAUUCAUUCUUCAUACCAGACGUAGAGUACUGUAUUAAUAUAAAAGACCUUCUUCUGUAUUUGGGAGAAAAGAUAUCACAGGGUUACAUGUGCCUCUGGUGUAAUGACACUGGCCGAACAUUUUACUCUAUGGAAGCUGUUCGAGGGCAUAUGAUUGACAAAGGACAUUGUAAAAUGUUGCACGAAGGCCUAGCCCUUGCAGAAUACGCUGAUUAUUAUGACUACAGUUCUUCAUACCCAGACCAUCAAGAGGAUGAGGAUCAGGAAGAUGGUAUGGAUGUGGAUGAUGAAGUAGAAGCCCCCACAACACUACAGGGUGAUGACUUCCAGUUGGUACUACCUUCUGGUGUCGUAGUCGGCCACCGCUCCCUCAUGAAAUAUUACAAACAAAACUUGACACAGAACAGUCAGGCUCUAGUGAAGAAGUCGGAUCGCAAGUUGCACAGGUUGCUUGGUGUCUACAGAGCACUCGGCUGGGCGCCCAAAGAACAGGCCUUGGCUGCUAAGAAAGCACGUGACAUUCACUUCAUGAAACGUGUACAAGCAAAGUGGCAGAUGAAGAUGUCUCUAAAGAAUAAUAAGUUCCAAAAACAUUAUAGAGCUCAAGUCAACUUCUAA